CUGCGGAGUGGAUGAACGUUAACAGGCACAGGGAGGAUCUGAAUCUUGUGUUCAAAGAUGAGACUUGUGGCUCUGGCUGUGGUGUGUGGCCUGAUCGUCAGUCAGGAUGGACGGAGCACAGGAGCAGCUCUGCCAGGAUAUGACUCGACACAAGGGACACGAGCAACAGGGUCCGUCCUCUCCGCGCUCAGGAGGAGGACCGCGGGAGAUCCGCUGGCGGAGGACCCCGGCCUGUGCUUCUCCCUUAGGCAAAACGAGGAGCAGCUGCAGCUGCUGUGCAACGACCGCAGGAGUAAAUUCAACUUCAACCCAUUCGGCCUUCGCUUCGGGAAACGCUACAUCUACAGGAGAGCCGUUACAAGAGCCAGGACGAAUAAGUUCUCGCCCCUUUCUCUCUUCCCGCGAGAAUUAGAGGUGCCCACCUGAGAAUUAGUCUUUUCCAUAGGUGGUUCACAAGGCAGCAUCGUGUUUUCCUGAAUAACCCCUUUUUUUUUUACACCUAACUUCACUGUGAAAUGACUUUGAAAUCUACAACAAUUCAAAAGUUACGAGAGAAAAUAAACGACCAAAA